GUUAGCGUGGAGCCGGAGGAGCUGCUCGGGGAGCAGCCUGGGAACCCGGCGGUGCCUGCCAGCCUGUGGGGGCCAGCGCCUUCUAACCCGGGUGCUCUCUGGCUCUCGGAGCCCUCCGCCAAGAUCUCAAGGAGUGGAAGAAUAAUACCUGAGAAAGAAUACCGGCUAAAUGCUAUGAGGAGGGAGCACCAAAGAUACGUACAGCAGUGCCUGGCUCAGGCCAUAUUUCAUAAGGUCCUUGACAUGGAGCGUCAUCAUCAUCUGGAAAUAAAAAGGAAACUUGAAACUCCUAUGAGGAAGGAGAGGCUGCAGAAAAUCAAGGUGGAGCAAUCCAGAAGAUCAGUGGAAGAUGCCAGCUCUAUGCGCUCCCCACAUCCGCCACUUGGGCCAAGAAAUCAUUAUGGGCUCCACCCUGUAGUGGCUGGAGAACCGUCUGCUUGCUCACAACUGAUUGAAGACAGACUUUCAGUCUUGAAUGACCUUAUCCUCUCCAUACAGCAGGCACCUGGACCUGUAGUUGAUUAUAAUGGUGGACAUCCUUCUCAUCAACACCGAUCCAAGGAGCCUGCCUUUUCUAAGAUGACUUCCUGGCGACCAAAUACAGCGCCAGGAAACAUGCAACACCCAUUUCGACUCCGACCACUUCGCAGCUGUGCUGGAGUAGGGUCUGUACCAAAGACUUCAAGCUCUAAACAAAAGCACCACGCACUUGAACAUGAUCAGCAGUUUGCCAGUGGGGGGGAGAGGAGUGGGUUAAGACUUAUGAAUUCAAUGGAGUAUGUGACUGGUAUAUCCCCGUAUCAACUCCCCGUCAUUAACAAUUAUGUGAUACCAGUGCCACCUCCCCCCCUGAAAAAAGGAGACAAGAGCAUAAAUACAAUGAGAAGUGGGAUGCCCAGAGGGAGACGAUUUCAUCCCACCACUGCACCAAAUGAUGUAGAGCAACUUUUAACAAAGAAUUCUGGAGGAUUCCCCAAGCCCUCGUUACGCAGCAACGCAUUUGUUACCAUGGUCUUUCUAGGAAAAAAUGUGCAUUUAUCUCACGAUAACGCUGAUUACAGAGAUGAAAUCAAAGUCUAUCAGCAGCAUUGUGGAGGAGAAAACCUUUGUGUCUACAAAGGCAAGCUACUGGAAGGAGAGACCUUUCAGUUCGUCUCAAAGAGGCACCAUGGUUUCCCAUUCAGCCUCACCUUUUUUCUCAAUGGGAUGCAAGUGGACAGGUUGAGCUGUUGCUGUGAGUACAAACAUCAGAAGCGUUCCAGGCUGGGAGGCAGACAUGGAUACUUCGGCUUUCUCAAUGUGGAGGGUGCAUCUCCUUGCUACAGGUGCAUUAUUGCAAUGGGUCUGGACAAAAAGCCAUCCCUUCCCAAGAGAAAGAUGGAGGACCAUGAGGAAAAGCAUGUGGGUUCCUGGAGAGAUGGAGUGCACAGUAAGCCAAGUAAAAACAGCGUUGAGCAGAAAUCAGGCAAAGAUUCAGUGUUAAUCAUCUUACCAAGUCAUGAAGCGAGUGUGGAAACUGUUGAGGAUGAAAUGGAGACCAGACAGGAGUACAGAAAAGAAGAAAGGAAAAAACUAUCUGAUCGUGAGAGUGAAGAUAGUCAGGAAGACACCGGUAAAAAUGGUACAGUGUUCCAAAACACCCGCAGGGGAUGA